ACGUCAACGUGCAGCCCUAUCCGCCUCCACAUGUGGCGGUUAAAUUGUUAAUCAAUAUUAAUGGUCCUCUUUGUGUAGCAGCGUGUCGCCAAGGUCAGACAUCCCACUUCGCCGCCAGGCCUCGUCAUUUCUCUGUGUUUAGCAAAAGUUAAAAGUCGCGGAAUUUCGAUCUUCACAGGCGGUCUUAGCUCGCCGCUAGCCCUCGAGAUCACCCCAUUCAAUCAUAAUAAUAAUACGAUCAGGACAGGCCACCUGAAUUCCCUUCUCCUGAGUCGGAAGAAACUCUCUCUGCGACAGUGUCAUACGGUGUGCCAUGCGCCAGAAACACAGUAUCUCCAACCUACAUCAUCCCGAGGACGGUCUUUUGGUUCUGAGCGGCACAGAAACCCGCGAUAUCAAAUAUCGACCAUGGACGAACAAGUGAAACCCCAAGUGCGACCCCAGCAUCCCACCGAAAAAUAUGGCCCGAAAUUCGUCGACAAAGCAGAGAAGAUACAUGACCGCGCGAUGGGGCUGACGAACGGUGCGGGCGAGCAUCAGCCCGCUGGAGGGUUCGACAGCACUCCAUUUCCUGACGCGCCGUCCGGUUACACGUUGCGAUUUGUGCUGCAUCGCGCCGUCAAUCUGCCAUUCGCAGACUUCAGUACAUUAUCGUCUGAUCCGUUCGUUACCGCGCAGCUCAAGGUUGAUCUGCCCCGCCGGCAUAAGCAGGAUCCCAUUCCCAUCUUCCGCACCCCUACCAUAAGAAGGAGCACUAAUCCGGUGUGGGAUGCGGAAUGGAUUGUUGCCAAUGUGCCUGCCUCUGGAUUUGAGCUCAAAUGCCGCGUCUACGACGAGGAUCCUGCCGACCAUGACGACCGACUCGGAAAUGCAUAUGUAACGGCAUCAUCCAUCUCGGAAUCAUGGGAGGGGAUCAAGGAACAAUCGUUUACAAUCAAGAAGCGCAUGGCAAGCAAGCGCGCGUACUUCUUUCGAACUCUAGCGGUGGCUGCUUGCCAUCUUCGCGCCAUGGAUGCGCAGCUAGUUGUGAGUGUCGAGUGUCUGGGGAAGACCCCAGGGGAUGAGGGUGCGCAUAUGUACACUAUUGGUCCGAACUACUGGUUCAAACAUUACUCUCCUCUCAUCGGGAGAUUGACUGGGACUAAAGACUCGGUCCCAAGUGCGGAUGGUAAGAAAGAAAUCACACGGUACAAUUUCCAAGCUAUCCAAAUGCAGCUGAAAGGCCCGGUGCCGUCACAACUGUACCAUCGCUACGUUGAGUUCAGACCGUUUGUAGCCGGCAUGUUCACAUCGCACAGUCUCCGAGGCCGCAUUCUGAACAGAGCUCUGCAUCACCAGCAUGCGCGCAUUUACAAUUUCGAUAGAACCACCGAGCACGGAUUGUUCAAUGGGCCCUGCACUGAAAUGGCGCAAAAGUUUCUCGAGUUUGCUCACUACGGCCAGGGAGGGCGUAUCUUUACCUAUGUGCUCACACUCGACGGGCUUCUUCGCUUUACUGAAACAGGCAAGGAGUUUGGAAUUGACUUGUUGAGCAAGCACACCAUGCACAGUGAUGUCUCGAUCUAUAUUGCAUUCUCUGGCGAGUUUUUCGUCCGUCGCGCCAAGCAUCGACAUCAUCGACCUGGUUCUGGGUCAUCUCAGGCGGUAGCUGGUGAUCCGACGGAAGAUCGACGUCGAGCUUCGACGUCCUCAGAUCCAUCCCAUGAUCCCGCUGAUUAUGAACUCUUCAUCGAUAAUGACAGCGGCACAUAUCGGCCCAAUGCAGAGUUGCUUCCUCUGCUCAGAGAGUUUCUAUCAAAUAACUUCCCGCGUCUCCGAGUGAUAACAUUGGACUGCCAGAAGGAUGCAGACAGAAUGAACCAUCUCAAGGAGGAACAACGAGAAAUCAAGAAGAAGAGCGCCCAAGGAAACUUUGCCUACAUGCAGCCGUCCAGUGGCUCAGAUUCUAGUCUGUCCAGUUCGGACGAGUCAGAACUUGACGAACGUGUUAACGGACAUCCCAAGCACAGAAGCGGCAUUUCACAGAGAUUUCACGAUAUGAAAGAUGUCAAGAAAAAUGUCAGGGACUGGGCCAUGGAGGGAGAUCAUCCUGAUGGUCCCAGCAAGCCCCCAACGGAGCAUUGAGGCUCUGUUUCUGAUGAAUCGAGGCUUCACCAGCACCGCAGGACAACGGCAGGGAACACCAUCAUGCAGAUGGACCUGCCUUAUCAUUCUCAACUAUUUCCUCAUGCCAUAAUUAUUAAUACCCCCAUAUACCCCUCGAUCUUACUCGUUGCAGCACAGCGAUACUGCCUGAGGUUUUCAUUCUUGUCAUUAUUUAAGCUUCGAUCCCCUGAUAUUCAUGUUCUUGUCGUUAGUUUGGUAUAACCAUGUCUAAUUUCUUCGAUGAGCGAGCCUCUAUGCCAGCGGACUCUGUUUGUUUAUUUACUUUG